CGCACACAUUAGAACGUAACGGACGCUGUUGCCAGGACAACCCAAACAAUGAGCGUGAGCUUUCUGUAACUAAAGGCUAAACCAAGAAGUUUCCAGUUUUACUGUAUAACUUUAUUCUAUCCCUCUAUUGUAAACGACAAUGAUUCCUCCAGCUGACACGCUGUUGAAAUACGACAAUCCAGUUCUGGUCAACAAAAGCACAGACAGAAAAUCACCAAAGGGACGCCCUUUGAAAGUAAGCCCUCAGCAGCCCAUUGACUCUACACCUGUUCCACCACCUCCUAAACCAAAAUCAGCCUCUACUGAGGCUACUAAGCAGGAAAAUGAGGAGAUCCUCAAUUUAAUCCUCCCACCCAGGGAGUGGAUGGAGGGAAACCAACUGUGGGUGCAGAAAGUAUCCAGUACACCUUGUACAAGAACAGAUGUGUUGCACCUAGAGGAACUCCUAGACACAAAACUCCAGGAAAGACAGGCCAGAGAAACCGGCAUCUGCCCUGUCCGCAGGGCGCUCUAUUCCCAGUGUUUUGAUGAAUUAAUCAGACAGGUAACCAUCAACUGUGCUGAGAGGGGUAUGCUAUUGUGGCGGGUCAGAGAUGAGAUUCAAAUGACCAUUGCCGCCUACCAGACCGUCUAUGAAAGCAGCAUAGCUUACGGCAUGAGAAAGACACUGCAGGCUAAGAAGGGCAAAGCUGAUAUGAAAAACAGAAUUUUGGAGCUAGAGAACGAGAAACAAGAACUGAAGAAGGCGCUGAAUGAAGAGAAGGCUAAAUGUGAAACAGUUGAGAAGAUAGAAGCUGAAAAACGACAGCUGGAAGAAAAGAGGCACAAUGAGGAGAUCCAGCUCCUAAAGAGAACCAACCAACAGCUUAAGGCCCAACUGGAAGAGAUAAUUGCACCAAGGAAGUAAAAAAAAAAAACCCCAAAACUUAGCUGGCAUUUCUCUGUACAAGAUUGUAUUCAUUUAUAAUUCAUCUUAUUGCUUAAUGAUACAUUAAAGUAAAAACUUAGUGUAA